AUGAAAUUGAACAUUGCUUUUCCUGACCAAAAUCGGUUCGUGGAUGCCGAGGUCCCCGACGAUUUAUCUCUAGAGGAGUUCAAAUCGUAUCUCGAGGCAGAAACAGGCAUUCCACCACUUCUGCAGUUGUUGGAGCACGAGUCCGCUCUGCUCUUGCGUGACAGUGACUCGUUGGGCCUGCUAGGCCUCAAAGACCACGAUUCGUUGGUGCUACAUGUGAAACCAAAGGAGUCCGAGUUGGACCCUCGAUUCUCCGCGUUUGAACAGUUGAGACAACAAGCGCUCGUCAAUCCGCAAGUUCGCGCCCAAUUGGCCCCCGAAGUGAAGUCCGUGCUACGUAGCGCGAGGGAAUUUGCCUCGGCAAUGCUGAAGAACGAAACCGCCGCUCAGCAGCGGUAUGCCGACGAAAUGAGAGCAUUGCAGAACGACCAGUUCCUGGAGCAGGGCCAGAAAAAGCUCAUGGACAUGAUCCGGCGGGAACGGAUCCAGCAGAACCUCCAGUUGGCGUACGAAAUCACUCCAGAAGCGUUCGUCAAUACGACGCUCUUGCUCAUCAAGUUGAACAUCAAUGGCCACGAUACCCAUGCUCUUGUAGACUCUGGAGCACAGAAAUCGGUCAUCCUGGCCCCGGUGGCCGAGUCCUUCGGGCUUCAUGACUUGAUAGACACUGCUUUUGCUGGCAUGUCUCGAGGCGUUGGCCAACAGCAGUCGCCCGGCCGUAUUCACAGCGUUCCAGUUGUGUUGGGUGAUACAAACUUGGCCUUGCCGUGUGCGUUUCAGGUUUUAGAGAUAGGCUUCCCCGUUCUUCUUGGUUUGGAUAUGCUUAAAGCCCAUAGAUGCAUCAUUGACUUGAGCAAAAACGCACUUGUGGUUGGCCAAUAUGAAAUCCCGUUCAUGCCGGAGCAUGAGGUAGAGAAGUUGUCCUUGGCGAUGCAUGAAGACCCAAAAAAUGCUACUGGAGCUGUGGGAAAUAUAGCAACGAACGAAGUUGCUCAGAAGCCGGCAGCGCAGAGUGCUCCUUCAAUACCAGAAAGAGCACCAACCGCAUCAUCAGCAACGACAUCAUCAUCCGCUGCUCAUGGUCAGAAUCCGCUGCCCUCUGUUCCUGAAGACAGCAUUACCCAGCUCUGUUCAUUAGGGUUCUCGCGCCAAGAGGCUGUAGAAGCUCUACAAAUCUCCAACGGCAAUGUAGAAUUGGCUGCUGGAUACUUGUUCCAGUAG